AGGACCAGGGGAUGUUCGGUUACUACGCUGGUGAAGAGCUCAGCUGAUUAACCGGGUGGCUGAUAAUUCGUCGGGGAGCAGUCAGCGAGUCUGAGGCACGGAGGCAGAGAUUGAAGAGUCAGAUAGAUGAUACCAAAGGUUCGGCGGUGGUGCCAUGAUGACGAACGUUCGGGAAGCUGUCGUGCUGUUGUUGCUGCUAUUCCUCACGCCGAAUGCAGAAGGAACGCAAUACAGCCCUCCAGGGAAACCUGCACUGACCAGAUGUAGAUCUCCUGAAAAAGAGACUUUCACCUGCUGGUGGGAGCCCGGUUCAGAUGGAGGACUGUCCACCACAUAUGCCCUGUACUAUCGCAAAGAAAACUCUGAGACAGUGUACCAGUGUCCUGACUACCACACAGCCGGGGAGAAUUCCUGCUUCUUUAACAAGAAUGACACAUCUAUCUGGGUUAACUACAACAUCACAGUAGUGGCCACCAAUGCACUCGGCAGCUCCUUCUCUGACCCAGUGGAUAUCGAUGUGGUCUACAUUGUCAAGCCUAAUCCUCCUGAGGAGCUGAACGUGACCAUAAUGGAGGACAAGGGCUGGCCCUACCUCCAUGUGUCAUGGAAACCACCACAUAAGGCUGACACCCGCUCCGGUUGGAUCACACUAAUCUACGAGCUCCGUGUGAAAUUGGAGGGAGAAGAGGACUGGGAGAUGCACCUUGCAGGCCAGCAGAAGAUAUUUAACAUUUUCAGUCUGCGGUCAGGUGGUUCAUACCAUGUCCAGGUGCGCUGUAAGCCCGAUCACGGCUUUUGGAGUGAAUGGAGUUCCGCGGCCUACAUCAAAGUUCCGGACUAUUUCCACCGAGAGAAGUCAAUGUGGAUCCUCAUUACUGUCUUCUCCGCUUUCAUCUUUCUCAUCUUGAUGUGCUUUUUACACAUGAACAGCAACAGUCUGAAGUAUUAUAUUCUGCCACCAAUCCCUGGUCCUAAAAUUAAGGGAUUUGAUAAGCAGCUUCUCAAGAAUGGCAAAUUCGAUGAAAUCUUCUGUGCUCUGGUGGUGCCUGAUUUCCCACCAACCACAUCAUCCAAGUGUGAGAACUUGAUGGUGGAGUACUUAGAGGUGUUAGUCUCCGAGGAACAGGAGCUGAUACUGGAGGAAAGCAAGGAGCUGCAUAACAGUCUGAAAUGUGAGGGCUCCACAUCUGACAAUGACUCAGGCCGGGGCAGCUGUGACAGCCACGCUCUGCUGAUGGAUAAGUGUGGAGAGGCAAAAGGAGACGAGAGGCAAACGGAUGGCGAAGGACAUCCAACGGAGAUGGAGGCACAGAUGCACCAGAGAGACUGGAAAGAGGACACAUUGUCCAGUGCUCAUCAAGACAUUGUGAGCCCCGACACAUCCAGUGGUAGGGUAAAGACGUGGCCAUCUGUCUUUUCUCCGCUGCAUCCGUGCGGCUCCACGUCACUGAAUCAAAUUAACUCACUUGCAAUGGCCAAACAGCACUGCCUCUCUGACAACCUGUUCCCCCCAGGCUCUGCUUCCUCCUUCCUCGCCCAGUCUGGCCGUAGCACCACAGAGACUCACAGACCAAGUUAUUGUGAGUUCUACUCGAGCGACAAGCAGCUUUCUUCCCCCAAACCCCAAGCGCAGACUCACCGACUACUACAGGCGCACAGUGACAUCAACAUCAGCCACAAACAAGCAGGUCUACAGUCGCCUGCUCUCCGGCCCACUGAGUAUGUUGAAGUCCAGAGGGUCAAUAAGGAGGAUAUGGUCCUUCUCCAACCUGUAGAGUCCGGCUGUGUCUGUGGUGAUGGCUGCCCGCAGGUGUGCCAGGACUACAGCAAAGUGAAGGGGGUGAACAGUGACAACAUGCUGCUACUCCACAGAGAUGUAAUGGAAGGAGAGGAGGUGAGGUCUCACUGUGAGAAGCAGGAGACUAAUGGAUGCAUCACAUCACACAUCACUACUGCUACACAGAAGCCUACUUAUUGUAUUCCUACAGUGACUCCUAUAGUCCAGAAGGAAAUGGGCCUGGCAGUGAGUGGUUAUGUUGAUACGGCCGCCAUGCUUACACUGUCCACUCACUAGCUGGACUAAAAGCCCAAAAGACAGGUCUGGGAUAUUGCAAGAUCUGUUUUAAGAUGGGACAAAGACACUAACACUGGAUUACGCCUGUGAAAAAUGGUUGCACAAAAUAGUAAUAAUUCAAUCAAAUUAAAAGUUAUUUGAUUGAAUUGUAUAAAGAAUAAUCGAUAAUAAUCAUUCUACUUUUAUAACUAUACAAUUGAUUAUACAAAUUAUGUGUUGUUCUCCAUGCUGUCAUUGUGGCUCAGUUCUUUUUGUAUUUUACAGCUCAUGUCUGUUUUAUUUUCAGUUUUUCUAUGUGCAACAUUUAAUCUGUCAAACACUGCAUCUAUAAAAAAAAUGAAAAUUGACAGGUGGGAUUGUAUGGCUCUAUUUUUAAUACUUGUGUAUAUAUUUUUUUUGUUUUAGUUUUUUUGGGAAUGGGGAACUAGUGUGUGGCUUGGCAAGGUACAACAUUAACCAAAAGUGACAUCAUAUCUGUUGUUUAACAGGGAUAAAAUGUUGUGCUUCCUUUUGCAUGUGUAAGUACUGUAUGCAACUAUAUAAGCUGUUAGCCAACUAUACACAAAAUGCAAUUUGAAAACAACUUGUCAGAAAGAUGAAGAAAGGAUUUUUCAUUUUGUAAUAAUCGAUCACUCAGGCACAGAUGUUCACAGAUGUUCUUCAAUGAUUUUAAACAGACAACUACAUGUGAAUGAAUUCAGGAUAAAGUGAUUGUUACUGCAUAGCUUAAACGCUAUGACACCAGCUGUGUGUUAUUAUAAAGUAAAUAAAGUACGAAAAUAUCAAU